ACAGCUCGGCGAGGACAGCGGGACGGCAACCUCGGUUUCCAGGAACGCCGCACGUCACCUCACACCUUCCUCUGCCGCCAUCUUUGUUGGGGCGGAGAAUUAGAAGCAGAGCUCCUUCGGUGCUGCUCUGCUCGCUUCUUCUGGAGCCCUCUGUAGUUCAUGAGCUAUGCUGGAAAAACACGAGGAGCAUAACCCGAGGCAGGGAGUGAGCCUGCCUCCACGCUGAGCGCGCGAGGGAGGCGCUUCGGUUACGUCAUUUCCUAUGGCUUCAGGAAGUGCGGUGUGCCUGCAGCCGUCCUUGCGGAGGUGCUGCGGGCCCUCCCUGGCGUGGAGCCUGGCGGCAGCGGCGGCAGCAAUAAUGGUGGCGUGGCUGCGGGGCUGGUGUGGCGCCCGUGCUGACCUUCGUCUUUUUACCCCCGAGGAGCUGGCCCGCUACCGUGGCGGCCCUGGGGACCCGGGCCUGUACUUGGCCUUUCUCGGCCGCGUCUACGACGUGUCCUCGGGCCGGCGGCACUACGAGCCCGGGGCCCACUACAGCGGCUUCGCAGGGACAGUGAUAGGAAGGUUCUAUGGAGAGGAUGGGCUACCCACCCCACAGUUGGCCCAGGUAGAAGCCAUGAUGACCAAAGCCUUAGAGGCAAAUAAACAGGAACAGAAAGAGAAGCAGAAGUUCCCUCCAUGCAAUGCUGAGUGGAGUGCAACCAAGGGCAGCCGGUUCUGGUGUUCCCCAAAGAGUGGAGGUGUAAGCAGAGACUGGAUUGGUGUCCCCAGGAAACUCUAUAAACCAGGAGCCAAGGAGCCCCUCUGCGUAUGUGUGAGAGCAACUGGUCCCCCUAGUGACCAGCUGGACAACCCUGUACACACAAAUCGUGGAGACUUGGAUGACCCCAGCUUGAGAGAAUACACUGGCUGCCCACCUCUGGCCAUCACAUGCUCCUUCCCACUCUAAGUUUGUGCUCAGUAUGUUGAUGACACUUGAGAAAGAAGUCUUCCCUUGACAUGUGCACCUCCAAUGGAUUCCAGCAUAAAACAGGAGGAUCUAGGACUCUGAUCAAUCUGUGCAAAUGUGUCAUUCUGGUGCCUGAAGCAAGAUUCUGACAACCUUCCUAGUGCCUGCGUUCUUUAAGCCUGUUUGGAUGUUGUUUCCUAAGUCUGCCAGCUGUCUUCCUCCAGAGCCCUCAGAUACUAAUGGGCACAAAUGUAACCAACCCAGAACUAAUGGGACAAAUGAGAUGCAACCAACCCAGAACUAAUGAAAUAAAUGAGAAAAAUCUGA